CCUUUAAUGAGUAGGUGUGUCCAGACUGGUACUGUAUUUGGAUUGAAUUAAAGAACAAAGUACAAAGAACAAAAUAACUGUCCUUUGUUAUGUCAACAUCAGUGGGGUACAGGUAUUCUGGGGACCCAUUACUUCUUAAUGUGUGUUUCAUAUAUGUGUAUUUUCUCUUCCUGUGUUCUUUUUAAAAUGUGUGUAUUCUCUCCUCCUUACUGUCCCAGCCCUGAGUUAGUUAACCCUGAUGAUUGUACGUCAGUGCACCAGUAGAGGCAUCACCUCUCAGCUGUGUGUCCGUCUCAAAGAGCCCCGGACCCAGGGCAGACAGGAUAUGGCCAGACACAGCUCAGAGCUGGCAGAAUUCAGGGACGUGUUCUCUAAAGCCAAACACGUGGCUAUCUUGACUGGAUCAGGGUUGAGCGCAGAGAGUGGGGUCCCAACCUUCAGAGAAGGAGGCUUCUGGAGGAAAUGGCAAGCCCAGGACCUGGCCACCCCUGGUGCGUUCAGUCAGAACCCGUCCAGGGUAUGGGAGUUCUAACACUACUGAGAGAGGUGAUGCUGAGGAAGAGCCCCAACCCAGCCCAUUUGGCCAUAGCAGAGUGUGAGGCGCGGCUGCAGAGACAGGGACGCCGCGUCACCGUCAUCACACAGAACAUCAACGAGCUGCACUACUGCGCCAGAUCCACCAAUGUCCUGGAGAUACACGGCAGUCUGUUUAAAACCAGCUGUAUGAGCUGUGGUAAUGUUGCGGUCAGCCACAAGAGCCCCAUCUGUGCUGCCCUGGAGGGCAAAGGUGCACCAGAGCCAAACACCAGUGAUGCUCAGAUCACUCCUCAUCACCUACCCAGGUGUGAGCAGGGCGGCUGUAGUGGUCCGCUCAGGCCUGAUGUGGUCUGGUUUGGGGAGACUCUGGACUCUGACAUCCUGACUCGCGUUGAAGAGGAACUAGACCGCUGUGACCUCUGCCUAGUGGUUCCACUUCCACGGCCCCUGUGGGACCACCCUGCCCCCUGCACUGGCACGCCAUGAGACUGAAGCCAACUGAAGAGACAGGAAGUCCCCCCCCAACAACCCUAAAAUUGCCCAAUCUGAGGAGCUGUGUCUCCCCUGGCCUGUCCCAGCCAUAGUGCACUUUACACAGACUAGGCUGUAUAAUGUUGGAUGGGUAUAUGAAUGCAAUGUAACGAAUGCUAAAGUACAGCAAACACACUUGCCUCUAUACAGGUAAUACCGCAACACGGCUAGGGCCUAUAAACUACCACCCUGGAUUGGUGUUUUUGCAUGAUAUAACCUAUAUCUUGUUAAUUUCUCUCCCCCAAAAAGUCUAUGACAUGAAGUCCAAUAUAUCAACCACAAUGUUUCCCUUUGCUUAGGGCUUUUCAUCUAAUACCAAUGCAUUAGACCUGGAUAUUAGAUAGACACAUAGAUCAUGGUUGUAUUGUCAAGACCAGGAAUAACCAAAGUCUGUAUCACAUAAUCUGAUUUACUUUGAACCACAAUAGUUAGCUAGAUAGAGUGCUUCUGAAAUUAAGUCGGUGCGGACACUAGUGGCCAGUGUUUAGCUGUUUGGGGUAGUUUUUCAGUUUGGAAAAGGUGUAAAGCUAAUAUUGGUGAUUUACCGCCACCUGCUGUGCUGGAGUACUGAACUAAAUCUUGUCAUUCAUUUGUUAUGACCACUAGAUGGCGAUAGUAAAGCCAUUUACAAACCAGAGCACCCAAUUUGAAGAAGACAAUGCUCUGUCAUUGGCUGAUUGCUCUCAAGCUAUAGGAAUCCUCACCCAGUUGACUACAUUAAAAUGGUGGAAGCCCUUAAUGGCACUGCCGAUGCUAAAACAAGCUUUUGGGAACAAGAGUCCUCUAUCUAUUUCUAUGGACUCUACAGAGCCAGAGAAAAGCCUUAUUCAUUCCUGUUAGGGUUGGGGAACCUGCUGUAUCUUUUGUAAAAGAGAAUGUGUUCUCUAUAACCUACCUGGUAUUACAUUGAAAACUCUUAUGGUAAGUUUGAGUGGUUCUGAAGCCUGGUCCCUCUCUAGUUCUGACUUCAUGUGAGUGUCCAUUGAUGUGUCUGUUUCAAGAUUCAAGUUUCAAGUUUUAUUAGUCAUAUGUACAGGAUACACAUGGUAUACACCGUCCAAUGAAAUGCUUACUUGCAGGUUCCUUCUCGAUAAUGAAACAACAAUAUGAAAUAAUAUACUAAAAUUAUAUGAACAUAAAGUAAAUGGCUCAGUAGAAUAGAAUCAACAUUUUAGCAAAAGUAUAAUACAGGAAGGCACAAUUUAUAGUCCAAUAUUUACAUGUGUUUUGGGGGUAUUGGGGGGCGAGUGUUUAAGAGCAGUUGCCAUAGAAUUUAAUGUUAAUUUCUGUACCAUAAGCCUCCUCCAAUGUCAUUUUAGAGAAUUUGGCAGUACGCCCAACCAGCCUCACAACGUGUGUGGCGCCGUGUGAGCGAGAAGUUUGCUGAUGUCAAGUUGUGAACAGAGCACCCCAUGGUGGCGGUGGGGUUAUAGUAUGGGCAGCCAUAAGCUAUGGACAACGUACACAAUUGCA